CCUCUUGCCUUAAAGCCACUGUGAGCCUCCUGAACUUUGUUGGACUUCGAGGAUAUCAAGUAGCACAGAGUAAGGCUCAGAUUGCCCUUCCAGAAGUUCACUACUUAGGAUUUUAUAUAAGGCAGGGGGAACGUCAGCUGUCAAACGAAAGAAAGGAAGCUAUCUGCCAAAUUCCUAUCCCAAGCAAUUGUAAACGGCACAGGGCAUUUCUGGGUAUGGCAGGCUUCUGUAGGAUAUGGAUCCCAGAGUUUGGACUGUGGGCUAAACCCUUGUAUGAAUGUGUUAAGGGCGCUCCCAUCAUGAUCAUGACCCCUUUUACUGGUCCUCAGAAGCCGACAAGGCAUUUAAGGUUUUAAAAAGGAAACUGAUGGAAGCUCCAGCCCUGGGUCUGCCAGACCUCUCUAAGCCAUUCCAACUGUAUGUCCAUGAAAGGAAAGGGGUGGCCCUGGGAGUGCUUACUCAGUUAUUAGGCACCUGGAAACGUCCCGUGGCAUAUUUCUCUAAACAACUGGAUCAAGUUGCUAAGGGAUGGCCGGCAUGUUUGCGAGCAGUCGCAGCAACUGCUCUAAUGCUUGGGGAAGCUGAGAAAUUGACACUGGGAGGAGCUGUGCAAGUGUAUACUCCCCACAUGGUUCAAGCCCUGCUGGAUACUAAAGGUGGUCUCUGGCUUACACAGCCUCGAGUUGCUCGGUAUCAGGCAAAGCUUGUAGAAAUUCCUGAAGUUACCUUACAGACCUGUCCCUCCCUUAAUCCAGCUACCCUGUUUCUGGAGACAGAGGAGCAGGAACAUGACUGUUUGGAGGUCAUAGAUGCCCAAUAUUCUAGCCGCCCAGACUUGAAAGAUCAACCUCUCCUGAAUGCUGAUUAUGAGUGGUAUAUGGACGGCAGUAGUACAGUUGUAAAUGGGCAAAGGAGGGCUGGCUAUGCUAUUGUAUCUCUCCAUGAAACUGUGGAAGCAGAGAGUUUACCUGCUGGGACAUCAGCCCAGCUGGCUGAAUUGGUAGCCUUAACUCGUGCACUUGAACUGUCAAAAGGGAAAAGAGUUAACAUUUUUACUGAUUCCAGAUAUGCCUUUGGAGUACUACAUGCCCAUGCUGGUCUAUGGAAGCAACGAGGAAUGUCGACAGCGCAAAACUCUCCUGUCAAACAUGGACCCCAGAUUCUCCGGCUUUUAGAUGCGGUACAGCUCCCCACAAUGGUAGCAGUGGUACAUUGCAAGGCUCAUCAAAAGGGAGAUCAAGAUAUGGCCAGAGGUAAUGCUAGGGCGGAUAGGGAAGCUAGGUGAGCUGCUACCCUGGAACCACUAGAAGCUGAAGAUGCCCAUAUGCAUGCCCUCAUCCCAUCAGUGGGGGAGCUCCCGACUCCUCAGUACUCUGGCGAAGAAAGUAUCAGGGGGUAGCCGUGUUAGUCUGUAUCUACAAAAGAAAGAAAGAAAGAAAGAAAGAAAGAAAGAAAGAAAGAAAGAGAUCUGGCCGACAGACUCGGUCUCCAGGAGAAAGGGGGGUGGUUCCACUCCCUGGAAGGAAAGAUCCUACUACCGAAGAGCCUAAUUCGGUCAGUGCUGCAGAAACUACAUCAAACCACUCAUGCAGGGAGAGAGACUCUCUCUCAGCUAAUGGGUAAAUAUUUUUUAACCUCUGGACUUAGGCCUCUGGCCUCCCAGGUGCAGGCUGAAUGUUUAGUCUGCCAAAAGAACAACCCUCGACCGGGAGUGUCAGUACUGCCAGCCACUCUGGAGCCUACCCCAGGCCCGGGACUGGUUUGGCAAAUAGAUUUUACUGAGUUUCCCCGGACUCAAGGAUUCAGAUACCUCCUCGUCUUGGUAGAUUGAUUCAGCGGAUGGCCUGAAGCCUUCCCAUGCCAUAAUAACACUGCCAAAACAGUGGCUCUUAAAUUUGUCAGAGAUCAUUCCUCGCUUCGGACUCCCCCAGUGGAUGGAAUCUGACAACGGAACACA